UUUUCCGCGCUUCUCAGCUCCUCCUGUCGCCGUCUCCUUGCUCUCUGAGCUGCUCACACUAAGCAGCCUCCCACACUUCCGCUCUUCUAUCUCUGGAAUGGAUGCGUAGGGGGAGGGACGGGUAGAGAGAGGGAGCUAGGGUUUUCCGCCGCCGCCUCCUGCCCGUCGUCUCCUCCGGCUCCGAACCCUCCGGUGCGCGGCGGUUUAGGCUCCAAUGGGAAAGUCUCCAGCAAAAUGGAUCAAGUCCGUGCUCUUUGGGAAGAAGUCAUCAUCGAGGUCCGGCUCCACUAAGGCGAAGGAUUUAUCGAAGGGUGCAAGUAACAAAGGCUAUGCUGCUGUUGGGAAGGAGCCUGCAUUUUCUGAGAGUUCUCCAGUGAUUUCGGAGCCAGUGCUUGUUAGCUCCCACCACAAUGAGACCGUGCGGGAGGUGGCAAAGGGUGAGAAUUCCAGCGUGCAAGGUGAAGCGGCAGUGCGCGAUGUCAGUCAAGAUUUGGAGAAGCAGGGCACUAUCGGGUCUGUUGCGUCUAACGACCCUGAGAGGUUGAGGGAAGAGCAAGCGGCUGUGAAGGCACAAGCUGCCUUCCGGGGUUAUCUGGCACGCCGAGCAUUCCGUGCAUUGAAAGGAAUCAUAAGACUUCAGGCGCUGAUUCGUGGGCAUCUUGUAAGGAGGCAAGCUGUUUCAACACUCCGUGCAACAUGGUUGAUUGUGAAGUUUCAAGCUCUGGUCCGUGGUAGGAAUGUCAGACUUUCUCGGGCUGCCGUUCAAGCCAGUUGGAGACUUGCCCAACAGAACUCGGGGGGUGCUAAAUCAGAUGCAUGGAAGGAGAAAUUAACUGCAAAUGCAUUUGCUCGUAAGCUUCUAUCCUCGCCAAUUGUGGUUGAGGCUCUUCACUUUCAGUAUGAUGAGAUGGACCCUAAUUCAGCCUUCAAUUGGUUGGAGAGAUGGACCAUAAGUUGUUUCUGGAAGGCCAUUUCACAACCAAAGAGAGUUGCUGGCGCUGAUGCCAAGCCACACACUCGAAAGGCCAGUUAUGCGAUGGAAACAGAGUCCGCAAAAUUGAAGCGCAAUGCUCGGAAGAACUCUGCCAUGCCAUUUGAGCCUUCUCAAACAAACACGUCCAUAGAAACUGAAAAUACAAAACGGAACCCAAGGAAAUUCACUAGCUCUCCUGCUGAUUCAGUGCCUGAUAGCCAGUUAACUGAACUUGAGAAGGUUAAACGUAGCCUUAGGAAGGUUACUAAUUCCAUGGCUGAAGCCUCAAAGGUGUCUAAUCCAGCAACUGAGAUUCCUGAUCGUCAAGAGGUCCAGUGUGAGAAACCACUAGGAAGUGCACAGCAAGUUUCAAUCUACCCUGAGAAUCAAGAGCCUCAGAAUGGCAAUCUGUCGGAUAAUGCUAAUAUGGAUAUUCUGGUACCAGAUCUCCAGCCCGAUGUGGAAGUCGCUUCUCAUCCAGUUACAAACGAAGGAAAGGUUGAUGAACCAGCUUUUGUUGCUCGAGCAGCUGAAAUUAUGCCGCUGCAAGACAUUAACUACGAAGAAAAUGCUUUAGUGAAUGAUGUGGAACAGAGAUCCAAAGAAGAGCCUCUUUCUACUGAUAGCCUUAAAAGCAGCAAGAGGAGGUCUUCAUUCUCAACUAAGCCAGAAUAUCCAGAAAAUGGCUCCAAAAAUUCCCCAGCUCUGCCCAGCUACAUGGCUGCAACACAAUCUGCAAAGGCGAAACUGCGGGGGCAGAUUUCUCCUAGACUUAGCUCUGAUUCAGCAGAGAAAAAUGGCUUCACUCGCCGUCAUUCCCUCCCUUCCUCUACCAACGGAAAGAUGAGCUCGCACUCUCCGCGCACACAAAGGCCAACCCAUACUGGUGGCAAAGAUGGAGUGAAAGGAGACAAGUCUAUGCUGUCAUCAAGAGAUGCGAGUGAGAGACCAUUGAAAGCUGAGUGGAAACGUUGAAGAGGCUGAAUAACAAGCUCCAAAUCCUCCGUUUGAUUAGCACAACCGUUUGGGUGGAUGGCGUUUGCAGUUUGCUCCAAUUGUUUUGCUUGUGAUGUAAAAGUGUUUCCUCAUCUGUGACGAUGAACUGGUGCGAGUUGACUUAUUUAUAGGGUUUUCUGUCUUGUUAUGUAUAGCUGUAGUGUUUUCCGGUUUGUUUUGGUUCCGAAACCCCCGAGACACCCUCAUGCUUGUUGAGAGCUGUUGAUGUUAGAGAGAGAGAGAGAGAGCUUGGAUUGAGUUGAACAAUCUUGAAUCCUAUUUGGCCAUCUGUGCUGUGUUUUAACUGCCACACAUGAUACGUUCCUUUGUGUGCUAGUAUUAUUCUUUCCCAGGCCCCAGCUGCA